GUACUGCUGCACAGAACAGCUCCUGACUUGACGCCGCCGGUCUCCGUCUGCAGUCGGUCUCACCGGAGGAACCGAAGCGCUGGAUCCCAGUGUUUACAGCCCGGGUUUGUGUGACCCCUCCAGUCCUGCAGACUGCAGGGAUGGGCCGUGAUCUGGAUGGCUGAACGGACGGGGACGAGGACCAACCACAUGAUAAGAUGCUGGCUCGUAACCGCUUCCUCCUCCUGGUGGUGGUGGGCGGAGCCGCGCUGGCCAUCAUCAGUCUGAGCCUCCAGUUCUUGAACUUGAUCCCCAUAACUCCCAUACUGGAGGAGCGACCCUUCCAGGUGGCAGAUGGAGGUGUCAUGGUGGCUCUGGGGAAGAGCAGGAAGCGAGUGUUCCCGGUUCCUCACACCGAGGAGCCAAAUCCCAUAUCCGAGGCCUACAGCUACUGCAACACACCCAACCGCACCGAGCAGGCCUGGGAGGGUCACAGUCCUGCCGACUACAAGCUGCUGUCUGUCCAGGUGAUGAUUCGCCAUGGCGACCGCUACCCACUCUACUACAUCCCCAAGACCAAACGACCCGCCAUCGACUGCACCUUGUCCUCCAACAGGAAGCCCUCUCACCCGCUGCUGAACUCCUUCAUCCGUCACAUGGGCCAGGGGGGCCGAGGCCACUGGGAGUCACCCCUGGGCUCCGUCCCCCGUCUGCCCAACCACAGUGCCUGUGAGAUGGGAGAGCUCACGCAGACAGGUGUGGUGCAGCACCUGCGCAACGGCCAGCUCCUCCACCAAGCCUACAAGCGCCACAACUUCCUCCCCUCCGACUGGUCGCCCCGUCAGGUGUGGGUGGAGACCACGGGCAAGAGCCGCACCCUCCAGAGCGGUCUGGCCUUCCUCUACGGCUUCCUCCCGGACUUCGACUGGACCAAGGUGACGGCGCGGCACCAGUGGAGCACGCUGUUCUGCGGCUCCGCCUGCGACUGCCCCGCCAGGAACCGGCACCUGGAGGAGGAGCAGCGGCGCCAGUAUCGGCUCAGGGUGAGCGACACAGAGCUGGAGAGGACGUACACCGACAUGGCGCGGACUUUGGGUCUGCUCACCCGCCAGCUCCGGGCCGCGAACCCCAUAGACUCCCUGCUGUGCCACCUGUGCCACGGCAUCUCUUUCCCGUGCGUCCCAACGGGGGACGGCGCCAUGGGGUGUCUCACCAUGGCACAGUUCGCCGUGAUCCGUCGACAGCAGCUGGACGACGAGGUGGAUCGGAGAAGAGCGGGGCUGUACCGCAAAUACGCCGUCCUCGCCAUGUACCCCUACCUCAACCGCACCGCCGCCAAGAUGGAGCGCGUCGCCAGGGACAACGAGGCUGGCCGGCAGCCGCGCCGUGCAGGCGGCGAGGAGGUCUUCAGCCUCUCCUCGGCCCACGACGUCACCAUGGCCCCGUUGCUAAGCGCCCUUGGACUUGAAGAGGCGCGCUUCCCACGUUUCGCGGCGAGAGUGGUCUUUGAACUGUGGAAGAGUCCCCCGGUAAUGCAGGGACAACAGAAGAAGAGGUCUGGCAAAGGCGAGAAGGCGAAGGCGAAGGACGGCGAGCUGUUCAUCAGGGUGCUGUACAACGGCGAGGACGUGACGUUUCACACCAGCUUCUGCCGCUCACAUGACCGCCACGCCAGCCAGCCCCUCUGCCCUCUGAAGAACUUCCUGUCUUUUGUCAGGAGAGACAUGUUCGCCGCUGUCAACGCCACUUCCUACCAGGAGGCCUGCUACCGGCGCCCUGGUUGACAGACGGACUCAGAGUAAGGAUGCAGAGCUACCAGAUGUUUCUACAGUUGUUUUCCACUUUUGAAGAUGGUGCACUUUUAAAGCCGCUCAUAGUGUCCACGUCGUUUUUUUUAAAUGUAGUUUGUUACAUUCCUGAGCACAAUGAGUGGCGCACACACACACGCAGUACUGUACAUGACGUCUCUGUAAAAUCACUUUCUAACAUUUCUACAAAUGUGUUUUUUUUGUAAUACUUUGUGUUUUUUCUGAAGAGUAUAACGAAAAGAGACGAGUAAUUCAAGGGAAGUCGUACGGCACUUAGCCACUUUAUUACAUUUUACAUUCCAUAAUACUGUGGAGUUGGAAGAUUCCAGUAAUUCCUAGAAGGCUUGCAGGAAAAAGGGAAUAUUGAAGCUGGAAAUAGAAUGCUGGAUUUAUCAUUCCUGGGAAAUAUUUUGUGUUUUUAUAGAUCUUUUCGAUGAAAAUUACACUUUGGGCUAGUUUUGUCCACAUUAUUCAAAUAUGACUCAAUUGUCACUUUUUAUUUCUUUAUGUUUUAAUCUUCGUUAUAGUAGGCUGACUGUUUAAUGACGAGUGUUAUUCAAACUUUGACACAUCAGUGUGGGACUUUUUUCUUCUUUGCUUUAGUAAAACUGACUUUUAAAGUGACAAACGACAGGAGUUUUCUUUCUUUACGUUAAUUUACAGAACAUCUGUAUUUAUAACAGUUGCUGAUAGAACUGAUCACGUUCCACUUUUUUUAUUUUGUUGUAGGAGUUUAAUAAAGGUUUAU